CUUGAAGAAGAGAGCCGCACAAAACAAAAGAAAGCAAGAGAGAGUGAACUGUCCGCAGGUUUUCGUCGCGCUGUGCGUAGGGUUGAUUGUUCAGCCCAUAUCUCGAGCUUCACUCAUUUAAAUCAUGCGUGUAAGGUGUCUAAAGAAAGAUCUCUAAACGAGGAUUCUGGGAAGGUGCAGAUCACAAUGACCGGACUUGUGGAAGGUCUCCAAAUCUGCAUAGGAAAAUGCAACCUUGCAGAAUGGUUUUUCUUCUCUAAAGAUGAGUUAGAAUUCAAAACCUUUCUUUUCUUUACCUAGAUCAUAGGUACGGUUGAGGGGACUAUUCUACCCUUUUCUGAGAGUAGAAUAUGUUCUUGAAAUAAUAAAUAUAUGAGGUUAAAGGUUAGGCACUAACCUAGAAUGAACCUUGAAAAGUUAGGAAGCGAACUCGCGGGGAAACACCCUUUCUAGGGGGCUGUUUUCGGUUCGUUGGUUAAGGGUGGAGCUAGCUGCUUGAGGAGGCUGAUGUUCACUCAUUUCAAGCAAGGAAUCAGCUCCCAACUGUCCUUGGCCGAGGCUUGAUCGUUGGAACGUGAAAGGAAAGUCUAAAGCUCAUUACGGUUAAGGCUUGAGCUUGCUACCUGUGCCCGUUGCUCGGGUGAUCAUAUUGGAGAGAAGACUUGGUUUGUACUUUCUCCAUUCUGUUUUGAACAAUAAUAAACAUGUUCAUGGAUAUUUUACUAUAGAGCACGCGUGCUCAUGAUUUGCACCUGCGUGGCAUUUGUUUUAAACUAUGUUUUCCACUACGUAAUGAAUUACUUAUUAUGUUUGUUUA